GCUUGGGAAUGUUGGACCUGUCAUCGUUACUGUCUGCAGCCCGCGACGUCUCCACCGUGCCCGUGCUGGACGAAGCGGCCUUCCGCCAGGGUAAAUACCGCGAUGGAAGCGUGCUCAAGUUCCGUGGCGUGGUGCGCGACGUGCAGGACCCGGAGUUGGUGUUGCUAGGCGGCGAGGCACCUGCGCUGACCGACAGCGACGCCAUGCGCCAACAGUUGGUGGAGCGUGUACCCCUGACGGUCACUCUUUUCCCUCAUGCGAGUGACUGGUCCACCCACGCGUAUCGAAACGUUUCGGUGGUCGACAAAGCAUCUCAAAGUGAUGGUCAUUAUAGCGAGAAUGAACGUCCCUCAGCUUCCAAGGGCAUUAAGCGCUCCAGCGCAGCCGUGGAUGAACAAAUGGAUAACGUAUCUGAACAAACGCAGGACGAAUCGCACGUGAAGAAAUCCAAGGCGGUGGAGAAACAGGAGGACGGGAACGAGGGGCUUUUGCUGCCUCAAUCUGUCAACAUCUACGUCUACGAUGGCCAGUACAAGGACACGCCAUUGGACGCUUUCAAGGUGAACGAGGCCUUCGAAUUCGUGGGCAUCUUGGACCUGAUGAUACCCGGUACAGACGCCAAGAAGAGCGACUCUGAGAACGUUUUGAGUGCCAAACAACUCGAGGAGCUCCAGAUCGCCGACUGCAUCGACGAGGUGCAACGUAAAGGACGAUCUGGUGUCGUUCUGCACUGCUGCCAUGUCAGCAGCCUGCAGAGUGUGCAUCACGUGCGUCCUCAUGAGUCCAUAGAAUUUUACGAUAGAAUCCACGAGAGCAACGACUCACGGACCAAGUUCUGCCAGGACGAGUGGUCUAAACUAGGCCAACAAGCAGAUAUUGUUGCCAUGCGUAACCGGAUCGUACAGUAUUUGGCACAGACAGUGCGUGGAGACACGUUGGCGGCCGAGUAUUUGCUCUUGGGGUUGCUAUCGCACGUGUAUUCACGUGCAGACCCGUCGACUCCGUUGGGUAAUUUAUCUGUGAACUUGUCGCUGGACAAAGCGUCCACGGAAGAGCAGAAAACGUCAUUUAUUGCUGAUGUGGAGCAGACGCUGACGUCGCUGAUGCCGAUGGUGGCGCGAGUGGAUCUGUCGCUCAAGGAGCUCAAUUCGACCAAGUUUAUGCCUCACAAAGACUACGAGCGAGAGAUGCUGCUGAGUGGCGUGUUGCAAGUGGCCAAUGGGACGACGAUGCUGGUGAAUGAGACGGUCUUAUCGGCCGGACAACUGAACGAACAGGGCGUCAAGAACGUGGCCGCGUUGCAGUCGCUGGUGGACAAGAUGCUGCUGCCCUACGACUUUCACUACUACAACAUGGACUUUCCGCAGGACGUGGCUGUCAUCACAGUGUCGGAGGGCAAAAGUAUUUUACCAGUGACUGUGGCUGUGCCAGUUGUUGCUACCGACAGCAGUGCGACCGAGGAGUUGCCGACGGAGCAGGUAUUAGAGUGUUUUCGCCUGUUCCUCAGUGUACUACGCUCGUUUGUGGUCACGAUUGGUAACGAGGAAGCUGAGAUGGCUGAGAAACACUACGUGGAGUGCCGAAAGUCCGAGCAAAAAGUAGCGCUGGAAGAUCUUCACCGCUGGUUGAGACUCGCUCGUCUGAUGGCGCUCAGUCGUGGGGAAGGACAAAUCUCCAAGGAUUCGUGGAACGCAAUGCUGGCACUAGAAACCCAACGACAAACUCGCCUUCCCAGUGACAACAGGUCUGCAUGAACCAUGCGGGUAUGAAUGAAAACCUCGUCGCAUUUUUGAGUAAGUUGUGAGGUGAGGUCUACGACUCGUGUGCUUGGCCGCAGCUAACUGUUCGUUGGCGUCCACCUCUGGAUGACGACGACCAAGAAGUCUUUCUCUAAUAAUUGUGUCCCUGCGUGUUAGCCCAGGAAGUAGGGAAGAGUAGAGCCUACGGCGUACCGUGUGCGAUGAGCAGCUCGAGUUUCUUGACCCGGAUGCGCAUGUACUGCAGAUCGUUCUUGGGGUUCAAGUCACGUACCACACCCCGUGCCUUCGUGGUCAGCUCCUUCAUGUACAGCGCGUACUUUUCGGCCUCGGAUACUUGCAUCUGCGGAUGACGUCGGAGCACGUUACCGUUGCGGUCGGCGAUCACGUAUCCCUCCACGCCCUUGUGAUUCUUGAUGCGUUCGAGUGUCUCCUCCACCUCUGACAUGCUGUUGAAAUUCAAAAGAUUCACUGCGCCUCUUGAAUAGUCUGCCAAGCAGACCCCAUUCCAAUUAUUUUUGGAGCAUAGAAGUUUUACAAGGAUUUACUACUGGUAGUAAUAUUAAUACUAAUUCUAGUACUGGAUCCCUAGUGCGUCCAAGGAUUGGAACUGAA